UACGUAGCACCAUAUGUUUAAACGAAGGAGCAAGUUAUCGGAGGGGAACUAUCUUGCUCCAAUGCGGACGCGCAUCCCAGCUGUUUCACGUUGCUAAAAAUUCUGCGCGAGCUGCCAUCCCGCGAUUUCCACACUGUGCAGCGAUGCGAUCAAGCUCGCCGGAGUAAUAAGAAGAUCCUCAUGUAGCCGCUUUCGUUUACAAAACGCCGCCGACCUUCUGCGUCCACGAUGCGGAGGCUUUUCUGAUGCGGCCGCCGUGGUUUACACAGGCUGAGCGUAGCGGAUAUGUGGCGGAUGGUGGUCCCAGGGAGAAGCUGCGAGGCUGGGGAGUCGGGGCAUCAGCCGAGUCCAUAGAGGAGCGUUAGCGAGCUAGCCUUCGUGACCAUCCGUGUGACAUUUUCGUGAAAACACUCCCCCGGUUCGGCUCGGUCAUCAUGGCCACGAACGGUAACAGCUCGUCGCCCGGGAUGGGGGAGAUCGUCCAGUUAAAUGUCGGGGGGACAAGGUUCAGCACAUCCAGGCAGACGCUGACCUGGGUCCCCGACUCCUUCUUCUCAAGUUUACUGAGUGGGAGGAUAUCCACUCUGCGGGAUGAAACUGGAGCUAUAUUUAUCGACAGAGACCCUACAGCCUUUGCACCAAUCCUGAACUUUCUCCGAACCAAAGAACUGGACUUGCGAGGCGUCAACAUCAGUGUGCUGCGACACGAAGCUGAGUUCUAUGGGAUCACUCCUUUAGUGCGACGCCUGCUGCUGUGCGAGGAGCUGGAUCGCUCAUCAUGUGGUAGCGUUCUCUUCCACGGUUACCUGCCUCCCCCAGCUGUCCCAACUCGUAAGUCAACCUCUGCUGCUUCUGAUGAACGACCGGGCCCGAGUGGAGCGGAGGGCUUCACCCGUGUUCCCCUUCCUCAUCCUUCCUUGUCUGGAACAGAUGGCCCAGAGAAACUUGAUUCCAUAGUUGACCCCAGGAAAGUGCUGAUAAUAGCAGGACACCACAACUGGAUCGUUGCAGCUUACGCACACUUUGUCAUCUGCUACAGGAUAAAGGAAUCGUCAGGAUGGCAGCAGGUGUUCUCCUCUCCCUACCUUGACUGGACGAUUGAACGUAUAGCACUUAAUGCUAAAGUGGUGGGUGGUCCACACGGCGACAAGGACAAGAUGGUGGCUGCCGCCUCUGGAAGCAGGAUUAUCCUCUGGAGUAUCCAAGACGGAGGCAGUGGAAAUGAAAUUGGUAUAUUCAGUCUCGGCGUUCCCGUUGACGACCUCUUCUUCAUCGGGAACCAGCUGGUGGCUACUAGCCACACAGGAAAGGUUGGAGUGUGGAACGCCGUCACACAACACUGGCAGGUUCAAGAUGUAGUUCCCAUCACCAGCUGUGACACAGCCGGGUCUUUCCUUCUACUGGGCUGCACCAAUGGCUCCAUCUAUUAUAUAGACAUGCAAAAGUUUCCUCUGAGGAUGAAGGACAAUGAUCUCUUAGUAACUGAGCUUUAUCACGACCCUUCAAACGAUGCCAUUACUGCGCUGUCCGUGUACCUCACGCCUAAAACCAGUGUGAGUGGGAACUGGAUAGAGAUAGCCUACGGGACGAGCAGCGGUGCAGUGAGAGUGAUCGUGCAGCACCCAGAGACAGUGGGAUCGGGCCCUCAGCUCUUUCAGACGUUCACUGUGCACAGGAGCCCAGUGACAAAGAUUAUGUUGUCAGAGAAACAUCUGGUGUCAGUGUGUGCGGACAACAACCACGUUCGGACGUGGACGGUGACGCGGUUCAGAGGGAUGAUCUCCACACAGCCAGGCUCCACCCCACUGGCUUCCUUUAAGAUCCUGUCCCUGGAAGAGACGGAGAGCCAUGGGAGCUACUGCUCUGGGAAUGAUAUUGGCCCGUUUGGAGAGAGAGAUGAUCAACAAGUGUUCAUCCAGAAGGUCAUCCCCAUCACCAACAAAUUAUUUGUGAGGCUCUCUUCAACUGGAAAAAGGAUCUGUGAGGUGCAGUCAGUGGAUGGAACCACUAUCACCUGCUUCAUGGUUCGGGAGUGUGAGGGGUCCAGCAGGAUGGGGUCCCGACCGCGGCGCUACUUGUUCACCGGUCAUGGAAACGGCAGUAUCCAGAUGUGGGACCUCACCACUGCGAUGGACACAGCCAACAAAGGAGAAGAGAGGAAGAAGGAUGAUGUAGGUGGACCGACAGAGGAGGAGCUGCUUCAGCUGCUGGACCAGUGCGAUCUAAGCACCUCUCGCUGUGCAACCCCAAAUAUUAGCCCCGCCCCCUCUCUAUUGCACCACGCACGCCUCAGAGAGUCCAUGUCAAGUCUGCAGCUGCAGGCCCCAGAACCCAUUCCUGAGAGCCAGGCCACCUAUGGAGCUGUGCGGCCCUACAGAGAGAGCCCCCUGCUGGCCCGCGCUCGUCGAACCGAAUCCUUUAACAGCUACAGAGACUUCCAAAACUUUAGCCUGAGUCAGACAUCCAACACUGGACCCAGCCAGAUCCCCGAUGCCCGACGCUCUCUGUGUAACUUUGGGCCUGAGGACAGUGAGAGGAGCACCUCUGUCAUGGAGCUCUGGUCUUCACGCAACCCAGGGAACAUCUCAGGGACUAAAGCAGAAACGAGUCAGGAAUCACCUCAGCAGACCCCAGACAGUCCGGUUCCAGGAGCGGACACGAGGCGAAAGGUGCACCCUCAGCCAGAGGAAGAAGAUGGCGUCGGAUCAGGCGGAGAUGGUGUGAAGGCCGACGGAGCUGUGAGGAAGAGGGGAGUACUGGAGGGGGGCUUCCUGGGGCGCAAGAGGGCGCCUCCAAUUCCAUAUCUCUCCUCUGGAUCUGAAGGUGGGGGCAGUGAUUCAUCCGCAAACGCCUCGCCCUCCCCAACCAAACUGUCGUCCUCCACCUCGCCGCGACACAGGAAGCCAGCGGCUGAGGCCUCCAGUCAUGACAGCAGCCUGUGAGAGCGACUCGUCCCCUGAUCGUUGGAUUUAACCUGUAGCUGCAUGCUGGAGGUCAGUGCUAAAUAUGAAGGCGAAGGAAGAAAACACAAUCAGCUGCAAGAAAAGUCCCGUUCUUACACAUAGGUGUGGCUCAUGAAGAAGCUACAAGUUUCCAACGCUCUCAGUAUGACAUCUGAGGAAGAAUGCAUUUCCAUAAUAUUCUUUACUCAAAUCUGCGAGGUAUAACUGGAGUUUCUUUUGUCUCAAUCUGCUUUUUGUGUGUUUUAAGUCUGUUUUAAAAGUCGACAACUUCAGAAGCAAAGCAAAGGUCACAGAUCAGGUCAGUUACAGGAAGAGUAAGACCAGAAAGACAAAACAGCACAAUAUUAAUAACCAUGCGUUGGAAUGAAGCAUAUAGUUUGGGACAGAGGGAUGCGAAAUCAAAUUUACAAAGGCAUUACUUUCUGUUUGGUCAAAAUACCGGAAAUUUAACAGUGUGCUUUUAAGAUCGUCAUCAGCAUUAGUAAAUUAGAAAAACCUGUCCUAGAAACAAAUAUUUACCUGAAAAAGCUUGACAUACAUGAGCUUUUUUGCCCUAUAUCUGCAAUAAUCCGAAUAAUAAGAGCUCAUAAGACCCUAUCGCGGAUUGGAUGUUCAUGAAAUUUACCUAAUUCAUGUUCCCUUAUCCAGAAUAUUGGCAGCUACUCUGAUUUCCAGAAGACUUACUUUACUGCAGCCAGAGUCAGAGGGGUUUACAUUAAACAACAGCUGACAGGCAGCAGUUAAGUUUUGCAGGUCGGGCAUGCAAUACAAGCCUCACUGUUAGCUGUGUCAGCGCUCAGCGCAAUGCAACAGUGCAGCAGAGAUUCAGAAUAGAAAGCUGGACUCCGUUACCCAGAUGAAGGUUAUGGCAAACGAUCAUGUGUGAUUAAAUACUGUAGAUUGUCAUUAGUUUACCUUGACUUUAUAUAAACAUAAAGGCCUCUGUCAGUUUCUUGACCCUAGCACAGAAAUUCCAGUUGUUUAAUGUCAUAUUUUAAAUGUACAGUGGCUUACAAAAGUAUCCGUCACAUGUUUUCUCCCAAAUAUUUUUCAACGUAUUUAGUUGGAAAUUUAUGAGAAAUACCCAAACAAAGCAAUACAUGGCGUGCAUCAACCUCUUUUAUUCAGAUAUCCUUAAAUUUAAUCUAAUUGUAAUGAUCGGUUCAAAUACAGAUAUGAACAAAACAGCAUCAUAAAGACCAAAGAACUCAGCAGGAAGCUCAUGAUUAGGCUGUAAACCAACAAUUUAAGCUUUGAACGUCUCACCGAGCACUGCUUGAUCCACCGUCUGAAAAUGGAAAGAGUAUGGCCCAACUCCAGACGCCACCAAAACAUGGCCGACCACCUCGCUGGGAGACCAGGUUCAGAGAACAUUAAUCAGAGAGGCAGCCAAGAGGCUCUGGAGGAGGUGCAGUGAGCCGCAGCUCAGUUGGGAGAAUCUGUGACAGGACAAUUAUUACAAAUCUGGUCUUGAUAGAGUGGCAAGAAGAAAGCCAUUGUUUAAAAAAAACAUUCGUUACUCCUAUUUGCAGUUUGUCACGAGCCAUGUAGGGGACACAGGAAGCACGUGGGAGAAGGAGCUCAGUUCAGACGAGACUACAGCUGAACUUUUUGGCCUCUGGGAGAAAACUAACACUACACAUAAUCUGAAACAGAACGCAUCAUGCUGCGAGAUGCUGCUCAUCAGCAGGGACAGGGAUGUUGGAUAGAGCUGAUGGGAAGACAACAAAAAAAACUUGAGGCUCGACUGGUGCUUUAACUUUUCCAGCUGUACAACAUCACCAAACACGCACCCACAGCUACGAUAGAACCGUCCAGAUCAAAGCGUUGAAACAACUUGAAAACCAUGCAUAGCAAUUAAAAACAGUCUGUGUCUGUAAGGUGACAACAUAGGAAAACGUUGCAGGGGAACAGGAAUACUUUUGCAAGGUACUGUAUAUUUGACAUUUAGUGAUAGUCCUUAAAAAAUAACAUUCACAUGAACACUCGUCAGACCUUGUUUUUUAGGGCUCAAAUCUGAGUUAAGUGCUUUUUUUUCCCACCCCGCUUGAGAUUAUACCACAUUCCCCCAAAAGGUGCCUGUGCAAGACCAUUUAAUAACACUAAUAACAUUUAUUAGUUUCAUUUUUCAUACCUUUAUACUUGACCUAAUGGGAAUAUUUUACACAUACACUCCCUGCGUUGUGUCAGAUGGAUGUUGUAGUGCCUUAUUUACCUGUAUGUUGUGAUUUAUCGGAGAAGAAUGGUGACCAAAGGAUUGUGAAGAGGGAGAUCACUGUGUAGGAACAUGAUGGACCUGCUCGCAGACGAAUAGUUUUAUGAAAGACAUAAAGCCAGUCAGAUUAGAGUUAAUUACAAACCACAAGGAGAGAAAAAAAAAGGCUGUGUAUAUGGUGCAUUAGUGAAGGCUUUAAAUACAUAUUUUAAUCGAUGCAUUUCCAGAUGUGUUGUAGGUGGCUUGUUUAAGUUUUGUGUUACUUUAACACCUUAGACCAACAUUGUGAAGUAAGGAAGUCUGAGAGCUGUGUAGCUUAUUUCACUAUGGCCACUGCUUGUACAGAAAACACAGAUUUUGAUACAGUAACAUUACAGUCAGUCGACAUGCAUAUUGAAAACAAAAUCCUAAUAAGGAUGCACUCAUGUGUUUCGUUGUAUGUUUAUACUAACAUGUAUACAUAAUAAGGCCUAUAUUGAUGUGAUCACAUAUUGGACCUAAAUAUGUCGUUUUUCUUGCACUAUACAGUCUAAUAUUGCAGUAGAUUUUCUGUGUUUAUUUUAGAUUACAAAAUAUACAAUUUAAGAUGUGUUGUAGAGCAUCGUUUCCUUGUUUGCAGCAUGUUUUCUCUGUUGUCCAUCAACUCUCGUCUGGCUACGUUUACAUUAUAUUACAGCCGGAUUCUAAUGAGCUACAACAUAUGCGUAUAUCUGUUUAUUUAUGCUUCUUUGUGUGAUACUGUUUUAUGUACUGAAUUUAGGGAAAUGCUGGGAUAUGAGGUGAUAUUAUUUACAGCCGAACUGAUCACUUAUGAAGUUGAUAUUGAAUCAGAGUGUUGACGUUCACUAUAACCUGUUAAUGAACAGAGCAUUAUUGGUCUUUUCCAACCUGAUAGUGGGCAUGGGCUGGUGUGAGUUUCUAAAGGUAUGAUAGCCUUGUAUAAAAAUAUCACAGUUUUACAGUAUCUCCAUAUGCAAA